UGGGAAAGAGCUCAGAGUGGGAUUGAGUGGCGGCAGGAGAAGCGGCGGUGGCAGCGCUCCCGUCCGGCAGGACAAGAACCCCCGGCGGCCACAGCAGGGCCGGUUUCAGCUCCAGACGCAAGCAGGGCCUGGGCGGCUGUUGCUGAGGUCCUGACGCUCAGAGGAAGAACCGGCGCUCCCUCGGUACAAAGUCAGGUCGGGGUUGCUCCGGUCCCGCUGCCGGAGCGCGGAGGCUGAACUUGCCCGGGCAUCGCCUCCUUUGGAGCGCCGAGCGCCUGCCUCUGGACCGCUUCGGCGUUUCUCUUCGGGAUCCUGAAGUUGCCGAGCGUGGGAAUCUCCUCCUCCUCCACCCCACCCCCAGCCCCGCUGCGAGCGAAAAGCGGGGUGGUCUACUUCUGGCAACUUUUUCUCUCUGCUUGUCCGGCUGGGACUGAGGCGACCCGCUUUUGACAGCCACUGCGGAAAGGAGAGGACUCAGAAGUGGGUUUGAAACUCGGAAACGCUCCAGACCGACCCAGGACACUCCCACGAGGAGCGCGAAGGGGCGGAGGAGAGAAAAAGGACUCAGAAAGUUUCUGGACUCCAUCCUUGCUCGGAGCGAUAAAGAGGCCCCCGAAGGUGUCAGCAGCAUUACCUGGUGGAUUCCUUGGGCUGAGAAAGGGAUUCUGCAUUUGAAAAAUAACUUUUAUCUGGGUCUUCCCCCAUCCCCUCCCAAGACUCACAGUGGGAACUGAUGCGCACGCUGGGUCUUUGAGGUGAAACCCAAUCUGUUGAAUCUGAGUUUUUUUUCUAGCCAAGCUGGGGGAGAAAACGGGGGACCCAAGCCAAUGCCUUGUUGCAAAAAAGUAAGACUUUAAUUGAUCACUUUUGAACUGUGUCUUCAUUGUUGAAAGAGUAUUCGUGUUAUAAGAACUGUUCCUAUUUAAUAACUGUUGCAGCUGUGAACUUCUUUAAGACAUAACAAACCAGCUUCCUUUCCUAGGUCUGUUUUUGGGCUAGAGGUGAACCAACUUGUGGACUGUAUUCUAUGACUGCAAAGAUGGAACCUACAUUCUACGAUGAUGCCAUAAAUGCUACCUUUGUGCAGCCAGAAAGUGGUACUUAUGGAUAUAAUAAUCCCAAGGUUCUGAAGCAGAACAUGACGCUCAAUCUGGCUGACCCUUCCAGUAACCUCAAGCCCCACUUGAGGAACAAGAAUGCUGAUAUCCUGACCUCCCCAGAUGUAGGCCUCCUCAAGCUGGCUUCUCCUGAACUAGAAAGGCUGAUUAUUCAGUCAGGCAAUGGACUGAUCACCACCACUCCAACCCCAACCCAGUUCCUCUGUCCCAAAAAUGUCACUGAUGAGCAAGAAGGCUUUGCUGAAGGCUUUGUCAGGGCACUAGCAGAGCUACACAAUCAGAACACCAUGCCGAGUGUUACCUCUGCUGCUCAACCUACGAACUCGGGCAUGGCCCCUGUAUCUUCCAUGGCUGGAAACAGUGGCUUCAGUGCCAGCUUGCACAGCGAGCCACCCGUCUAUGCUAACCUCAGUAAUUUCAAUCCUAGCGCACUCAAUACGGUGCCUUCCUACAAUGCAAACAACCUGGGCUUUCCUCCACAACAUCAUCUGAACCCCCAGAUGCCAGUGCAGCAUCCGCGCCUCCAAGCUCUGAAAGAAGAGCCUCAGACUGUCCCUGAAAUGCCUGGAGAGACUCCUCCCCUGUCCCCUAUUGACAUGGAAUCGCAGGAAAGGAUCAAGGCAGAGAGGAAGCGCAUGAGAAACCGAAUUGCAGCCUCCAAGUGCCGGAAAAGGAAGUUGGAGCGGAUUGCCAGGUUGGAAGAAAAAGUAAAAACUUUGAAAGCCCAGAACUCAGAACUAGCGUCUACUGCCAACAUGCUGCGAGAGCAGGUUGCCCAGCUGAAGCAGAAGGUCAUGAAUCACGUCAAUAGUGGAUGCCAGCUAAUGCUCACACAGCAGUUGCAAACUUUUUGAAAAGACUGAAAAGUAACUUUAAUGAUGGGGAGAAAUUGAGGAGAGGAAAGAGUUUGGGAGGCAGAACGCUCACUUGUGGUGGGUGGAAAGAAAAGGCUGAAAGGCAUUGAUUCCGAAGACUGCCUCCCCCGAGUCAAAUGCAUGCGUGGAGAGACUGGUGUGCCUUCUGGUUGAGGUGGUGGCAUAUCAGUUGACAGAACAGCUCAGCAAAAGAGCUGAGCUGUUCCAGGUCAGAUAAGGCAUGGAGGCCUUGUGUUUUUCUUUCUUUUUCUCUCUCUUUUUUUUAACAUUGACCAAGACUUGCAUGGACCUAACAUUAAAUGAUCAUUCAGUAUUAAAGGUUAAACUGCAGUAGAUACUGUAGAUGGCUUUCUCUUAGUACUCCUUUUUUAAAAAAAACAAAAAAACAAAAGCAAAUAGGGAGGGAGUUUUUGGGAGGCUAACAACAGAAACUGAGCUAUACUGCCUGUCUGAGUUGUGUAUGUACAUAUAUAUUUUUUAUUUUAUGACAACUGAUUAAUGUCAAGUAAAACUACUUCAUGACUUUGUAAGUUAUUUUUUAUGUUCAUUUGGGUUCCACCCAGUAUUGUUUGUAAAUAAGAGAUUUUUUAGCAACUUUUGAGUUUUUUCCAUUUGUAAUAAAGUAUAUAAUUUUUUUAAUGUUUAUUUCUGAAACAGAAGAAAGGGUUGAUCUUAUUUAAGAAAGCACCAGUAAUACUUUACCCACUUUCUUUGAUUAGUAUCAUAGAUUUCAGUUCUGCACACAUUUACCUAGGAGCAAGUCUUAUUAAAUUCAGUGGGGCUUACUGCUAAGUAGACAUGCAUAAAAGGAUACUUGUAAGUCAGGCAUAUACAGGAUCAACUUUUGGUUGAAUGUUAAAACUCUGCUGAAGAGAGGAGUGAGAAACAAACUCUUCUUUGAUUUUCACAUACUGUAACAACCAUUUUAAAAGUCUUGUGGUACUCCUGUUAUAAUAAAGCUAUUGGUCUUUGGGGUGCCAUAAGACUCCUUGUGUUCUAAUUCCCAGGUGGGCAUAUUUUUUUCUAAGGGCAUCAAAUUUACAUUCCUAGCUUACUAACAAAUGUUGGAUGGAAAAGACACAAAGACUUCCACAUUCAGAGAUUUGUUUCAAGUAAGAGAACUGUCUUCAUCUUAAGGGCAUAAUUUAGGGAGAUUGUUGUAUUACUAGAAAAAAACUGGGCACCAGAAAUGUUUGACAAUCUAUUGCAAAUAAUUCAGAGAUCUACUUGUAGAUUCUAAUCUACUUUUUGCCUACCCCUGCUUUUAACUGGAAUACAAGAGGGCAUCUCACUGACCCCCUGUGGUAGGAAAAAAGAGCUGCUAUCUAAUCUGACUUUAAACUUGUAUGGUCUGCUCCACAAAGAACUAUUGAUACAAUUUUAACAGAAGUGAAGAAAAGUUGGUAAAAUUAUUCUGUAUCUACAUACUUGUAGAAUAAGCUUUAUUAAGUAUAACUGGCCAUUUCCCAAUUACAUGUUCUUUUGUUAAAGAAAUAUUGAUGACAUUUGGAAGAAACAACUUUUUAGAAA